UAGCUUGGAAAAUGGUUCACUGGAGCCAGUAGACUAGUGGACUCCAGCCCCAUCAAACGUAAUUAGACAAACAGUGGUAGUGCACACUACAUUCAUUAUCCAGCGCGACACGCUCGUUCGAACAAGUGUGCCAAUCUGCCGCCGGUCAAUCCACGAGGUGCACUUUUUUCGUGCCUGUGCCUAAUGCAGUGUCCAGUUGAACCUUGAAAUAUCCUUUCGUCAUGUUACAUCACUUAUAGAAAUAAUUUGAUUGAGGUGUGUAGGCAACAAUCAAUGGAAGUUAUUUGUGGAAGCAAUCAGUGCUUUCCAUUCAACAAAUAUUAUAAAACAUAAGGCUCCAUGAAGAUGUAUCUAUUUCUGGCGAUUUUGGUGUACAAAUGCAGCAACUACUUCUCCUGCGCUGAAUAUGACCUUGUAGAUGGCAAUCCGUCAGACAAUGAACCUUCCAUUACGUUCGGCUAUGAUCCGGAUGACGGUGGUGACUAUUCCGAUAAAACCAAAGCGUUGGUGUAUGAAUUUCGAAGAAGCAUAAAAAGUGACAACACAGAAAUAGAGGCCAGAAGACGAAGUGCAAUCGAUAAAAACUUUAUGCGCUUCGGCAGAGCUGAUCCAACACUGCAACGAGCUUCGCUGCCUAAUAAGAGAGCAAAUCUGAUGCGUUUCGGACGUGCUGAUCGAGGAUUUUUACGGUUCGGUAGACUACCGAAUGAGAUACCAUACUCACUCGUGAACUAUGAUUUGGACAGUCAGGAAAUCAAGGAUAACCCUAAUGACGUAAGCGAGGAUACUUUGCCUUCUAAACGAACUCCAAAUUCGUCAGAAGAAAUGGAAAUAAAUGAGUCCGGGGAGCAAAGUAAACCAAAACAAGUUAUGUACUAUCGUCGUGAUUUCCCGAAAAAUCUUAUGAGAUUUGGCAAACGAGGUGAUGAGGGGAAAUUCACACGAUUAGAUCGAGCCAAUCUAAUGCGAUUCGGUAGGGCAGGGAACGGUGCGUCCCAUGCGAACUAUAUGCGUUUUGGGCGUGCCAGUGGCAAUAUGAUGCGGUUUGGCAGGUCCAAAGGAAAUUUAAUGCGAUUUGGCCGUUCAGAUCCACACUUUUUGCGGCUAAUCAAGAUGGACAACAACUUCAUGCGAUUCGGCCGAUCUGAUAAAAUUAUGGCAACUAAGAACAGCAAUGGGACCGUGGUGGCGGAUUUGGCCUCAAUCACUGCAGAAGAGGGCAGAAGAGAUGGAAUGCAGGACAGCCAGCUACAGCGGUUAACAAACGACAAGAGUGAUGAAUCAUUCAAACCACCUUCCAACUCCAACGAGGACUAUCAGAUUCACUUACGUGAAGAAGACUUCCUUGCUCCAAUCUACGUUGCAAAUACAUAGGACGAUCUUGAUCAGCGGUAAACAGCGAAAUAAGCCGAGCAGAUUUCUCCAAAUCAGAUUGUUAAUAUAUUAAACACGUUCAUCAUUGCCUUGCUUUUCAAGGUGUCGAGCGAAUAAUAUAAGGCUGGGAUUAGCAAUCUGAUUUCGAUUAAGUUCAGCUGAUUUCUAUUUAAGAGAUACUCAUUUUCCAAGAUGCCAAAAUUCAAUAGAAAAACCAGAUGAAGUGAUUCUUACUAUUUAUCUAUAUUUAUAAAUUUACACAAUAAUUGUAGUCGUUAUUAUCAUUAUCAUCUAAGUCAUACUGAUUUACUUAUCAAUCAAGAUAAAUAAUACACG